GUAUCUGUAACUUUACUUUACUUUCUACCUAGUUAUACUAAUUACAAUUCCAUUCCUCUUAUUUUUAACCCUUUAUAUCCCGAAUAAUCAAGGUCGCAAUCACAAUGGCUCCGACAAAAGCGACCGCAACUAAGGACAAGUACUCGGUUAUCCUGCCGACGUACAACGAACGCCGCAACCUACCCAUCAUUACCUGGCUCCUCAACCGCACCUUUACCGAGAACAACCUCGACUGGGAACUCAUCGUCGUCGACGACGGCUCACCCGACGGAACGCAGGUCGUAGCGGAACAGCUGGUCAAGGCCUACUCGCCGCACGUAGUGCUAAAGGCGCGAUCGGGUAAGCUCGGGCUGGGAACCGCAUACGUACACGGGCUGCAGUUUGUGACGGGCAACUUCGUCAUCAUCAUGGACGCCGACUUCAGCCACCACCCCAAGUUCAUCCCGCAGAUGAUCGCGCGCCAACGGGCCGGCAACUUCGACAUUGUUACAGGGACCCGGUACGCGGGCAACGGCGGUGUGUACGGCUGGGACCUCAAGCGCAAGUUUGUUAGCCGCGGCGCCAACCUGUUCGCCGAUACCGUCCUGCGCCCCGGCGUCAGUGACCUGACCGGCAGUUUCCGCCUCUACAAGAAGUCCGUCCUGCAGAAGGUCAUCGAGAGUACCGAAAGCAAGGGCUACACCUUCCAGAUGGAGAUGAUGGUGCGCGCCAAGGCCAUGGGCUUCAGUGUUGCCGAAGUCCCCAUUACCUUUGUUGACCGUCUCUACGGCGAGUCGAAGCUCGGUGGUGAUGAGAUCGUCGAGUAUGCGAAGGGCGUGCUGAGCUUGUGGUUGAAGGUUUGAGGUGGAAAAUAUACCCCGGCUAUGUGUGUAAGAGGUAAAGCAAUUGAGUCGGCUUGGCCUAUGGCCAGAUGGUUUUAUUUAUGUAUGUACCAUCAAUACUCAUACAGAGUUAAAGCAGGUGAAAUAUUGUGAUAUCU